UGACACGAACGCGCUGACCAUUGCGCCCUCCCGUGCAUAUCGCGCCCCCCGAGCUAGCGCAGACGAACACGCUGCCAAUUCGCCCGUGCCCAUGCACGUCUUUUCCUGGACAGCGCUCUGCAGCCGGCAUGACGUCCAUUGAGGACCCGCCCACACGCAGCAUGCCACUCUUCACCCGGCCACCAAACGCCCACGUCUCGCAAGACCAAAGCAAGUACCCGACAGCAAACCUCCGAACCGGACCUUGGACACAGCGACACCCGUCGCUCCUCCAAUGUGCUACCUCGGGAUAUCCUGGACGACUCGCACCUCGCACACGCGAACAACAAGCCCCGCGCCGACUCGCACCUCGCACACGCGAACAACAAGCCCCGCGCCGACUCGCACCUCGCACACGCGAACAACAAGCCCACGCCGACCCGGACCCGCGGACGCUGCGGCAUCCGCCGCUCCUUCAACGCGUUCAUCGCCUCGCAAGCAGGCUGCCCGGGCUGAUCAAGACCGCAGGGAUGGGUUUGAAGGGGGUUUUGGGUAGAUGGACGGAUGUCAUAGCGUAGGGAAGAGGAUAUUGGAUUGAGCAUUACAUACGUAGAAGGCACUGCGAGGACGACCGUGAGUGGUGCGACGCUGCCGCUGCGCAGCUGGUGAGGUCCCGAGCGCGCCCGAGGUUGCUGAGGUGGCGCGCGACCGAAAUGAGUGCGUACACGAUAAGUGAGGAGGUUUGGCCUUGAAUAGGGCAGCGUGGAACGCCCAAGGCAGUGUGAGCGCUCGCCAGCACUGGCGGACGCGAUGACCGGCGAAUAAGAGGAAGGCGCAGUGGGAGAC